ACCCACACUCUGGCCUCAACGGCCCACCACCGCGUCUCUGCGAAGACACCCUGUUUCCUUAUAAAACCCUCUCAAUCUGUAACUCAUCUUCCUCAGGUACUCUCUGAGAUUUCUCUCUGCGAUCUCAUUUGUACCUUUAACAUAAAAAUAAAGAAGAGAAAAAUCUUUACAAAAUCCAAUAACAAUGGCUCUCACAAGCAGCAGCUCUUUGAUUCCCACCAAAUCUGCCUUCAUUCAAGGCCAGUCUCUCUUACCCUCUCCGAGAACUCACCAACCCUCUCUGCCCAUCAGGCCCGUCAGGCCAAUCGUGGCCGUUCAUGCAGCUGAGCCUGCCAAGAACCCAGUUGUCUCCGAUAAGCCAACUAAGCAGCAAAGUGCUCCAACGACAUCGUCUCCUUCUUCUUCGGUGAAGACCCACAAUGCAGUUCCGGCGAAAUGGAGCGUGGAGACCUGGAAAUCCAAGAAGGCGCUCCAAUUGCCCGACUACCCAAAUCAGGAAGAUCUCGAGUCGGUGCUUCGGACCAUCGAAUCGUUCCCUCCUAUUGUGUUCGCUGGGGAGGCUCGGAGCCUAGAGGAGCGUAUUGGUGAGGCCGCCAUGGGCAACGCGUUUCUUCUUCAAGGUGGGGACUGCGCUGAGAGCUUCAAGGAGUUCAACGCCAAUAACAUUCGUGACACCUUCAGAAUUCUCCUCCAAAUGGGUGUCGUUUUGAUGUUCGGAGGCCAAAUGCCCGUUGUCAAGGUGGGAAGAAUGGCGGGUCAGUUUGCGAAGCCAAGAUCGGAUGCUUUUGAGGAGAAGGAUGGUGUGAAGCUGCCGAGUUACAGAGGGGACAAUGUGAACGGAGACGCGUUCGAUUUAAAGUCGAGGACUCCGGACCCUCAGAGACUGAUCAGAGCCUACUGUCAAUCUGCGGCUACUCUCAACCUUCUCAGGGCCUUCGCUACUGGUGGUUAUGCAGCUAUGCAGAGGGUCACACAGUGGAACUUGGAUUUCACAGAGCACAGCGAGCAGGGUGAUAGAUACCGGGAACUAGCUUCCCGGGUUGAUGAGGCCCUUGGAUUCAUGACUGCAGCUGGGCUUACAGUUGACCACCCUAUCAUGACAACCACUGAGUUCUGGACAUCUCAUGAGUGCUUGCUCUUGCCUUAUGAGCAGUCUCUUACAAGGUUGGAUUCAACUUCCGGCCUUUACUAUGAUUGCUCUGCCCAUAUGCUUUGGGCUGGUGAGCGUACCAGGCAACUGGAUGGUGCCCAUGUUGAGUUCCUAAGAGGUGUUGCCAAUCCCCUUGGAAUCAAGGUGAGCGAUAAGAUGGAUCCAAAUGAGCUUGUUAAGCUCAUUGAGAUUUUGAAUCCUCAGAAUAAAGCCGGUAGGAUAACGGUGAUCACAAGAAUGGGAGCUGAGAACAUGAGAGUGAAACUUCCUCAUCUUAUUAGGGCGGUCCGCAGGGCAGGACAGAUUGUCACAUGGGUUAGUGACCCAAUGCAUGGAAACACCAUAAAAGCUCCAUGUGGCCUCAAAACACGCCCUUUUGACGCCAUAAGGGCCGAGGUGAGAGCAUUCUUUGAUGUGCAUGAGCAAGAAGGAAGCCACCCAGGAGGUGUUCAUCUAGAGAUGACAGGCCAGAAUGUGACAGAAUGCAUUGGAGGGUCGCGCACUGUGACAUUUGAUGACCUUAGCUCACGCUACCAUACUCACUGUGACCCAAGGCUCAAUGCCUCACAAUCUCUCGAGCUUGCCUUCAUCAUCGCCGAACGCCUUAGAAGAAGAAGGAUCAAGUCACAGAGCUCCGUCACCUCGUUAGGUCUGUAGAAUUGUUUAAGGCUUUAAACAUUGUGGUUGUUAUUCUUUUUUUUUCUUUUUUUUUCUUUUAAAGUUAUUAGUGGCUGUGUAAUAUGUCACCGUCUUUAGAGUUAAAUUUAUGAUGCGUGUUGUAUCUGUAUACUGGAAGUGAUGCUUUGAGGCUUUCAACGGAAACAGAAAUAAAUUGAAACGUUUACUGGA